AUGCAUCUCUCGGUAGCAAAAGUACUCACAGUCGUUCACCAUGCUCGUUGCACUAAGGUGGUUAAUUGCUGUGGUUGUGCUUUGCGAAGCUCGACAUUGGGAUGCGGAUCGAAUGCUACCGAAUGAACGAAAUUCUUUGGAUGAUUGUAGAUCACGUUUUCAUGAAUUGAUUGCAGCGGGGGCAGCUGCCCCUGCAUACGGGAAGCCGGCGCUCAUUAAAGAGUUCGCACAUAUGGGAGCCAUAGGGUGGACCCAAACAGAUGGAAAAGUAUUGUGGCAUUGCGGAGGAACAUUGAUCUGGAUGGACUAUGUUCUUACAGCGGCGCAUUGCAUUGUAGAUCAUAGAGAUGUACGACCUGAUAUUGUGCGGUUUGGCGAUUUGAAUUUGGAGACCGAUGAUGACGAUGAAUACGCUCAGCAAUAUAAAAUUAUUCAGAUAUUCAGACACCCGUUACAUCGGUUCGGUGUGAAGUACCAUGACAUUGCUCUGCUGAAACUGGAAAGCUCUGUUAGAUUGCACGAUACAGUUUGUCCAGCUUGCCUUUGGGUCAAUGAUGAGAUACGUUUUAAAGAGCUUGUCGCCACGGGAUGGGGCAGCACUGGUCAAUUUGAGGAGCGCACACCUUCUCUGUUGAAAGUUUCGCUAAAACCCAUAGCAAAUUCCAAAUGUGAAACGUUCUAUUACAGUGAGUUGGUUCGAGGAUUGAAAACAGGACUUCACGAAAACCAUCUGUGUGCUGUCGAUGAAAAGAUGGACACAUGCGAAGGUGAUUCUGGUGGUCCACUUCAAGUCAAAUUGCAACAUCAUAGGAGCCUCACACCAUUUGUAGUGGCAGUAACUUCAUUUGGAUUACCUUGCGGAUUAUCAAAUCCUGGAGUAUACACAAAAAUAGCACCGUAUCAUGACUGGAUUGUUUCAACUAUGCGCCAAAACGGCGCUGCUGUCCAGGAUGACGUUUUCAACGCUACAUUCUGUGCAUUACGUUUCCAAAAUUAUCGUGAAGAUAUUUACUCUACUCCGAUCAACAAAACACAUGUGUGGGAGCAAUCUGGUUAUACUGAUCAUAUUUAUAAGACAGAACCUCCUACCUAUCUCGUUAAGUUAAUGUGGAACGUUACCGGAGGGCCUCAAAAUUGCUACGGUACAAUCAUUGAUGAAAAUACAGUUCUCACAGUAGCUGAUUGCGUCCAUCAUCAAGGGAUUCCAGCAUCGUCUGUUUCCCACCCGCAAGGUGUUGUAAAUAUCGCAAAAAUAAAUGUGCAUCCCCAAUACAACCCCAGUUACGGUUAUUAUAAUAUGGCCAUUCUACGUUUGGAAACACUAUUCAGUUUCAUAUACAUUCGACCAGCUUGCAUAGAUUACGGCAACUACUCAAGAUUUGCGCCAGAUAGCGUCUUUGGAAUGGGAAGGACAGACAUUUAUAACUGUAUCAAUUUUCCAGAUUGUAUAGAUCCAUCCUUGAUACCUCUGAUAGUUUACGUAGAACCAAAGGACAACACAAGUUGCAUAAUACCCCGAGAUUUUGAAUCGAGGUUUCCGAACGGCAUUACUAGUGAACUUAUCUGUGCCGGGACUGAUCAAUUUCUGGUACCAGGAGCUUGCGAUCUAAAGCUUGGAAGCUCAUAUUCUAGAGUUGUAAAAAUUAUGAGUAGUACAUUUUUAACUAUAGAUAGAGAAAUAACUACAAAAGGUAACAAGUAUCCUCCGCUGGAUGGUUUGGUACAAAUUGGACGGGAUUGUGGAUACGGAGAGCAUUUGGUGGUAACGAACCCUCGAAGCCAUUUAAAAUGGAUGGAGCGUGUAUUGCUUCCGAAAAGCACUACUGCAAAUGCAGUUCAGUUCCUGGACCCAGGUCGCCGUGAAGGAGAUCCAUGUAUUGAUACUUACAAAGUUCCGGGAAGGUGCACAUCAAUAUCGCGAUGUCAGCGAAAGUGGAAACAAUUUGAGCUCACAAAACAGGCAUCUUUCUGCUCUUCAACUUCAAUAAUCUGUUGUCCUCACGAUGAUAUCGAUAAAGAUGCCUGGAGUAACAAGCACAUUCGUUUGAAUAAAUGCCCCAAACUCGUUCAUGCUUUGCUACCAGAGAAGAAUGGUGCACCAAUGGUUCGAAUAUUUGAUAGUGGAAGCCGCUACAUCUGUAUGGGUGCUAUAGUUUCCGACCGCACGAUUUUAACUUCUGCUAGCUGCGUAGACUCUGCGAAAUCUAUAUCUAUUCAACCGCUCGAAAGAGUUGGUAAUUUCAUUCAAGUUCAAAAAAUCGUGCCGCACAGUGCCUACAACGCAACAGAUUACAGUAACGAUAUCGCUAUAUUGCGAAUUAAACACUCUCUGACUUGGAGCCCAAGAUUGCAUCCAAUUUGCUUGUGGAGCAACAAAACUUAUUCUCCACUUAUAGUGGAAAUGCUUCAUCCAUUCAAUAAUAGUGGCAGCUAUAUCGAAUACCUCGAGCUACUAACCAUGUACAAUUCCGACUGUCAAAGGACACAUGCUUAUCAGCUGCGAGAUUCGCAUAUUUGUGUCAAAUACCCUUAUCGAGAAUAUACAUGCUUUCCCUCGCACAGUAUGCUUCGGUGGGAAGAUGCUGAAGGUAUUCCCUACCUAAUUGGUCUAUCAACGGAUACCAGAGAAUGCACGGAAUGGUAUUACAUGACCUUUUCUCGGAUCGUGGCGUUUUUCGACUGGAUUGUGGACAACAUAGCUGAAGAGGAAAUAAAACGAUCGUUCAAAGUGCAAUGAGCAGAAAAUAUACAUUUUUCCACAAAUUGAA